AUGGCCAUACCCUACUGUCCAGACACAGUCGCUAAACAAGUAAUCGACCCCACGUUGUGUUUCGUCUUUUUUUUUUCUUUGAAGAUGGCUUGCCAGUGUUGGCCAAAGCAGCCAAGGGAUGAAGUCAAGAAAAGUUUCAAUUUCUUCAUUCUGAAGUGUUGGCUGUCUCUUUCUUUCUUUCUUUCUUUCUUUCUUUUUUUCUUUCUUUCUUUCUUUCUUUCUUUCUUUCUUUCUUUCUUUCUUAUUUUCUUUAUUGUUGUGCCUUUUCUCUCUAUCCUUUCACUCUUUUUCUUUCUUUUUUCUUUCUUUCUUUCUUUCUUUCUUUCUUUCUGUUCAAGCAAUUUAACUCUUUCUUUUUUCUUAUUUUUCGUUCUUUUUCUUGUUGUAUCUUCUUUUUCUAUCUCGCACUUCUCUCUCUUUUCUCCCUCUUUUCUUUCUUUUUUCUUUUUUUACUUUCUUUCUUGUUCUGCCUUUUCCCUGUCUUCUUUCACUCUUUUUCUUUCUUUCUUUCUUUCUUUCUUUCUUUCUUUCUUUCUUUCUCAAUAUUUAUGGAUCACAAAUAUUGGCUAUCUAUCUAUCUAUCUAUCUAUCUUGAUGGAGCUGAGACCAUAUACGCCAUUAUCUAUCUAUCUAUCUAUCUAUCUAUCUAUCUAUCUAUCUAUCUAUGUCGAUCCACCAUCCCGUGCCUUGGGUUCCCUAAGUGUCACUGGAUUUUGCGUAGCGAAUCGAAAUCUACCGAGACGGCCGGUCAUGGUCGGGGUGGAUGGCUGUGGCAGGGUGAUAAAUGCGAAUGAUAAGAAAGAAAGCGAAGAGGCGUGGCUGGGGAGGUCAGUAAAGUCACUUGGUUAG